GUGAUCGUUCACGAAGUUCCAACAGAGGAGACGCGUCGUUGAUACGCCAAUUUUUUGUUUUCUCUCUCUCGCUCUCUCCUUUCGCCCGAUACGUUUCCCUCGACCGAGAAUCGAUAGAUCGAUCGAUCGAUCGAACAAUCACUAGCUGAGAACGACGACGCAUUUGCGCGACGGAAAACGGAGAGGCGGAAAAGAAUUGCGAGUGUGAGACCGUGGUCGCGAUCAAGCGAUCGACCGUUUUCGGUAAUCAGUGCGACGUCUUUGGUUGACCGGUGGUGUGAAGCUGAACACGUACGUCCGAAAGGGAUUAAAUCAUGCAGAUGCACGAGCAGAUUAUGAUGGUCGACGGACAGGAGCAACCGAUCUCCAGGACCUAUCAGUACAGAAAGGUGAUGAAACCUAUGCUGGAACGGAAACGUCGAGCACGGAUCAACCGGUGCUUGGACGAGCUCAAAGACCUGAUGGUGACGGCUUUAGCCGGUGACGGCGAGAACGUUGCGAAGCUGGAAAAAGCCGACAUUCUGGAAUUGACGGUGCGUCACCUUCACAAGCUGCAGAGGCAACAGCGUCUCUCGGCGAACCCGGUGAUCGACGCGGAUCGAUUCAGAGCCGGGUACACGCACUGCGCCAACGAAGUUAGCCGAUGCCUGGCCGCCACUCCCGGCGUCGACGUCGCCCUGGGGACGAAACUGAUGACCCAUCUGGGCCACAAAUUAAAUUCCAUGGACAAGACUGGCCCCCUGACGAUCCACGUGGCCGCGCCGCAGUCGUCCCCGUCGUCGAGCAGCGAGCUCAGCUCCGACGAGUACUCGAUGCCUCUGACUCCGGCUUCCAGCCAGCCAUCGCCGCCCGUCAGAACCGACGUCGAGGGCAUCUCGCAGAGUCACCAAGGCCUCCUGCAAGUCGCCAAACCGAACGAGCCGAUCUGGAGACCGUGGUAAAACGUGCAGACGAACGGAGGAUCAACGAACCCUGGACCGGCACACCCGGUUAUAUAUCGAUACGAGUUCUCGAUACGUAAAACAAUAACAGGAUCCGCGAAAGAGGAGAAACGAUAUAUACGAAACCUUCGUGGCUGGAUUCUUCGCAGAGAGAAGGAGAGAACAGUUCACGCGAAGGACCAUUACCGGUGUUGCAAUUUUGUCUGUGAUUUGAGCGAAUAAUUCGCGCGCCUUCGAAGCAGAUCGUGGCCAGAAUCAAUGGGAAAACUUCGGUCUCUCUGCGCGGAACGAUCCCUUUUCUCUUGGAAAUUCGAGACGACGAGGACGACUGCCUAUUACUCCCGCCGAUGCGUCCUUUUAGCAGGAAGUCGAUGUGCAAAUAUCCGAUUUACCGAAGAGUCGAAGAUUUUAGAAAAACGAAGAAGAAGAGGGCAUAGACUUAAGGUUUAUACUAUUUGCUCAAGACACUUGGGAGUGAAUAUAUAUAUUGAAGCAAGUUCAUCUUUGUAGUAUCGUCCUACGGACAAAUUUUGUAUAUUUGACAUAACGUAAAAGUUGAUACAGCCUAGGAUCUCGAUGUAACGAUACGCCCGCACGAUCGCGGCUCGAGCUUUAAUUUACUUGACAGUUAGAGUUUUCUAUUGUUUAUUUCAUACUUUUAUCAAGAAUAUUUUUUAUUUUGUCCAUUUUAGCGCGGGAAUCAUAACGUACGAUCUGACACACACGUACACACACAUGCACACGCACCACACCCGCACACACCGAUUCCAUAUUUCUCGCGUCGACUGUGUCACGAUUUUCGCGACUGGAUCGAGAAUAUGAGAAUCAUUUGAUCUCGCGCUAAAAACGUUGUUAUAUGUACGUAUCUCCUCGGCCGAUUGUAUUAAUUUUCAUAUUUGACGAUCAUUUUUGGAAGCUUCGUAUUAUUGUUGAGACAAUUGUCGUAAUAGCGAAUCGAAGUGGCCGAACGGAGGAGAUCUUGUGAUACAGAAACAUGUACCUGUGAUAUUUACUGCAAAUGUAGAGAAAUACUAGAUUUUUA